ACGAACUACUGUACUUUGUAUUGUUUGAAGGACCUCAUUCAAACAUGAAGAAACGAGCGCAAUGAUAUCGAUCAAAUGUUCGCGCACCUACUAGUACUACUGCGGUAGUUUCUCCUGCGCUGCGUUUUCAGCUAUUCGAGAUCCGAACCGUUUGGGAUAAUGAUUUCCCCGUUAGUGUUUAUCCUCGCAGCUGCGGUUUCAGGAGCUCAUUCAGCCCAGACCGCGUCGAAACCGAGCAAGAAGAUGAACGUGCUGUACAUCGUCGUGGAUGAUCUUCGUCCUGAUCUGGAGCCCUAUGGUCAGGGUUACGUGCACACUCCCAACAUUGCCGCGCUGGCAAACAAAUCACUCAUCUUCGACCGCGCCUAUUGCCAGUUCGCUAUUUGCGCUCCCAGCAGAAACUCAUUCAUGACGGGGCGCAGACCUGACGCUACGGAGUGUUGGAACUUCAUUGAUCACUUCAGGGAGACGACAGGGCGGAACUGGAUUUCUAUGCCGGAGUACUUCAAAAACAACGGAUAUUUCUCCAGCGGCGUUGGUAAGCUCUACCACCCCAAUCUGCCUCCGAAAGGCGAUCCACCAAGCUGGUCAGACGUAGACGAGUUUCCUUACCACAAUCCUCAUCCUCACAAUUGCCCAAACAAUACAGCAUGGUGUAGCCUGGAUCCGAAACACUACAAUUUUUCCGACACUAAAACACUGGACGAAGGUCUUCGCAGAAUGCGCUAUGCCGCGAAGAACCUCACCCAGCCGUUCUUCUUAGGAGUCGGGUUUCACAAACCUCACUUGCCGUUCCGCGUCCCGACAGGUUUCAUUGAGAUGUACCCGCCAGCGGAGAACAUAAGCGCGGCACAGGACAAAGCAUUCCCGAAAGCAGCACCAGCACUUGCAUGGAAUGGCUGCCUUGCUCGACCUGGCCGGUUUACAGACGUAACACAAGCCCGCGAUUGGCUGACACCCAUGGAGGAUGACGAAGCACGUCGUCUUCGGCGUGGAUACUACGCCGCAAUAAGCUUCACUGACUCGCUGGUCGGCAAGCUGUUAGCCGAGCUGAGGGAACUUGGUUUGGAGGAGAACACCAUUGUCUCGUUUCAUGCAGAUCAUGGCUGGCAGCUUGGAGAACACAACAUGUGGUGCAAGACGUCCAACUUUGAGCUGGGCGUGAGAGUACCAUGGAUGGUUCAUGUGCCCGACGUUGAGCGAUGUUCGGGCACGCACACAACUGCACUGGCAGAGCUAGUUGAUGUAUACCCAACACUUGCUGAACUGGCUGGUCUUCCCGUUCCGACUCACGUCGACGGCAAGAGCCAAGCGCCCGUGUUCCACUCAGACGUGCCCGGUGUGAAGGUGGCGGCCUUCUCACAAUUACCUAAGUGCGGCAAGAACCAAACCGACAUGACUGGAUGUGAGUACACGGACAAGCACAAGAUCGACUACAUGGGCUACAGUAUACGCACAGAUCUCUACAGGUACACGGAGUGGUUUCGCUGGAACGGUACAGCGCUGCGUGCAGAUCUGUCAUUCACCAUGGCUCGAGAGCUCUAUGAUCAUGUUGCAGAUGUCGGCAUAGACUUUAACGCGUACGAGAAUGAGAACAUUGUGAUGGAACAGCUAGUCACCAUGGAAGAGCUGAGUGGGCAGCUGCGGAACUUCAUACGGAGCCAGUACGACAAUAAUGAUGUGGAAACUAGAGCGGCCGACACAGUGUAAAGGCAAUACUCUGUAGAGUUGAUAGUGUAGAGUCGAUACACUAUAAAGUUGGUAUACUGCGGAGAAUAUGCUCACCCCACAUGCGGCACAUCUUUGCAAGUCGACACACUGCAGUACUGGAGAUUGGAUGAUCGGGGGCCGGACGCGAUCCGCUAUUCCUCGGUCAUGCUGUAGUAACUGGAGGGUGGGUCACGAGCCAGCAUAUGCAGUGCAGUAGGCCGCAGAACUCUGCAGGUAGCGCAGCACAGGGGCCCUGAGGGGGUAACAGCAAGACAUUGGACUGACUGUUGGAUUCACGUUGCCACUAGAAGGCAUAGUAGAAUUUCGUUAUCAGUGACCCCAUGGUGACGUAUCAGGGGUAAAUGCAUACUAGGGUGGUAUGGUCAGCCAUCUAAGGUAUCAUUCCAUCCCCUGAUGAAUUUAGGAAUUUAGAGCCCAAAUCACCACAUUUCUUCACAAGAAGGUUGGGGCAAAAAAUGCCAUGGUCCGUAGCUUGUCCUUUGGCCUACGCCCCUGCGUGCUGUGUACCUACAUGUACAAGUCAUGAUGUACAUUGUAGCCUAGGAACAAUGGACGUCUCAGUCUACUAUCGUAACCUGUAAGUCGGACUGUACAACCAUGUACAUGUACAUGUAGAUCUGAACCUUUUGCUCCGUCUCAACACUCAUACAGUGUAGUGACGUAGUAGUAGUGUACAUACAUUGUACAAGUCAUGUACAUGUACAUGAUGACGACUGUACUUGUAUGCUACAGUACUGUGACAUGCAGUCAAGGGCACAAGUCAUGAUUGAUGGUUUUGUAUUUGUGUCACGGAUGAUUUUUACAUGCCAAAGCCAGAGGGUCAGUCAGAGUCAGAGUUGAUGUCUGAUGCAUGUGAUUGUGGGUCCCCUCUUCAAAGAAAACUCCUGUAACUGUGGUCAUCUGUACUGAAGGCAUUACUUACAUGUAUGUGUUGUGGGGCAUACAUGUAUUGGUAUUUUAUGGAAUGCAAGAAGGGUGAGCUUCACUUAGUCUUUGGGACCGCAGUCGGCCAUUUGAGCGGAUGGAGCAGUGCUGAAUGAUUCAGAGGAGUGAAUUAGGCUUGUGUGAUCCAGAUCAAAUGCCCUGUCAUGUGAACAGAGACCCAGUCACUGAGUGAGAACAUCCCCCAGUGAUUAUAGUAUUGGCUGCAGACUGCAUUCAUGUGAAAUGAUGUGUCCGUGGUUUGCAGUCCUUUCAACACUUCUACGGCAUGCCCAGAGCAGCAGUACCUUGGGAUUUGAUUGUUCAUUGACGGUACAUAACAUGCUUGUAUUAUGCAUUCUGUUUGUCUUGAACUACCACUCCCCCCAGUCCAGGCCCACACCAGAUUGGUUCCAUUAUUAUUAUGCAAGUCCUUUAAUACUGCCUGCGGUUUUCGUUGGCCUACAAACCUGACGUUUACAUUGUGCUUGGCAUGCAAGGAAAAUCCAAUCCUGGUGUUCCAGCCCAGGGCGUGGUCUUGAUUCUUACCUUUUCAUAAACCGUGAAUCAACGCAUAACAGAUUCCUACUUCGAAGUAUGAUGUGAAGGUAAGGUAUCAGAUUACUCUCAACUAAACAGGUUGUCUCAUAUUUCCGAAACUUUUCCUCCAAACGAAUACAUACUGGUAUGUUCAGAUCUAGAUUUUUUUCUGCUAUGGAAUCAGCACAGUAGUAGGUGUGAACUGUGAAUACAAACUACAACAAGUACAAGU